AAAAAAUGUUCAUGAAAUAUUUUAAACAAUGAUUGUAAUUAAAUUACAAAACGCAAUUUUAGCGACAUAUGAUUAAAAAUAUACAUGGAAUCAAAAUGGCACGUAGACGUAAAAGUGAAAUGAAAUCAUCCGUAAAGACAUCACUUAAGUAUGUACCUGUCAGAAAAUCUAGUAGACAAAUAGCCAAAAAGCAAUUAGAAGAAAAGAAGGUAAAUGGAGAUGUUUUACAAAUAUCAUAUUCAAAUGACUCAGAAGAUAGUAGAAGUACUGCAGAAUACCAAAAUCAAGUACUUCCAAAAAAGAAUCAAAAUUCUUUAAGGAAACAUAACAAACAUAAAAAUAUUUCUAAUAGUAAUGUAAUUGUAAUUAAUGAAGAGUGUUCAUAUUCAACAACAUCCCAGUAUAAAAAAGAUAGUAGUGAAAGUGAUAGUCAAGAUGGAUUAGACAUUAUAGUCAAUCAAUCUGAUAAACUUAGUCCUGAAGAUGUUCAACAAGUAGUUGUUGGUAAUCCAAAUAAGGAUAUUAUAACUGAAUCUGAUUCUGCUGAAAUUGAAAUAUGGCCAGAAGAUGUAAUAGAAGAAACUAUAAUAUGUGAAGAGAUGGAAGUUAAAGAAGAAGUUAAAGAUAGUAAUUACAGUUUGAAACAAGGUAACAAUGUAAUAGUAAAAGAAGUAUUACUUGUAAACAGCCCAUCUUUAGAAACGACAAAUUUUGUAGGAUAUACUGUGAUACAGAAUGAAAAUGGUAUGGAAUCGAUGUUAGUAGAAUCUGAUUCAAGAAAUACACCUAAUAAUGAAUGUUACUGCAAUACGCAAAGAGAUGUGUGUAAUUUGCAUAAAACUAAAAUGGAGAAUUCUAUGUCAGCCUUAUGUAUAGAUGUGCCAAUGACUUCUAAUGAUAAAAAUGACAAAUCAUCUAAUUUAGAGAAAUCGUAUACUUACAGUAAAAAUAUAAUUAAUGCUCAAGGAGACUUAUAUACCAAUAAAGGUACAUGUAUAAACAGAUUGCAAGAAUGUUUAUCUAAUGACAAUGUGUUUUGCAAGAUAGAUAACAAACUAGCAGAUAUGCAGAUUAAUGAACCAUCAAAAGAAAUACAAAAAUUAGUUAAUGAUUUAUCUAAUAUGGAAAGUAUAAUGUCUCCAUUACAAAUUGCUGGUAACACACAAAAAGUAAUACCAAUAAAUGUUGAUGAUGAAAGUAGUUCUUCAAUAUUGGAUAAAAUGGAACAAUUACAUGAAUCAAAUAAUUCUGCUGUGUUGAUUGAUAAUGUGGAUAAGAAUAUUACAGAAUUAAAUAAAUCUGAUUCCUGCAAUGAUAAAGUGGAGUGUACAAAUCAGCAUUUACUAAAAUCAAAAGUUUUAUCAGAUAAAAGAAAUGGAAAUCAACGGAAAAUGGUAAAUUUACAGCAAGUUAACGAGGAACUAUAUGGUGACAGUGAAAUAGAUAGCAAAAUUGAUGGAGAAGAUACAAAACUAUCCAGUAGCAGUGAUAAUAGUAAUGAUACACUCUUAUCUAUGAGUAACUGUAAAUUAAUGGAAUUUGAUACAAAAUGUAACAAUAUUUCAAAUGAUAUUGAUAAAAAAGUUGAGUUUAGAAGUAGAAGUGGUAGUACUGAUACAACAGGUUCGGAAAGUGGAUCAAAUAGUUCUGGUGUAAGGAGAAGUAGUAGAAUUAGAUCAAUUGGUUUAAUGAAACAAAGAUCUCGUGGUCGUGGAUUAGUUACAAAACCAAAUGUAGAUAUUACUAAAUCAACUGUUCAGCAAGAACGAGAAAAAGUAACUAAUAAUGUUAUUCCAAUUGCUCAAGAAAUGAAAAUAGAUAAUCCACCUGAACCACAAUCAGACAAAGAAAUUAACAUCAAUAAGACAGCAAAUACGUUUGAGUCUCUUACAUUGCUAGCAACAACGUGUAAUACUACAGGCUACGAUUCAGAUUCCUCUAAACCUGUCAAAGUAAAAUCACGCUGGCGAAGAUCAAGUGAACUUGAAAUGGGUGGAUCAAGUACAGGAAUUGUAUCUACAUCAACGGUUGGAUCUGUAUUUGGAACUAUAACUGCAAAUAUAUCUGAAUCUGGAUCAUGCUCAACAUUUAAAUCUACAACUGGAGUUUUGACAGACAUUAAUUCUUCAGAUUCUACAUCUGGAUCAGCAUCAGUUACAAAUUUUCAAUCCAACAUAGAUACAGAGCAAACAAAGGAGGUAUCAUCAGUUAACAGUAAUAGUGUUGUGCAAAUUCCCAAAACUGUAGGUGCAAGGAUUUCAUUACCUAUGGUUCCUGAGACAAAAGACAGAGAAAUGGAAGAAAGACUAAGUCAGUUUGAAUAUUUGCGCGAAAAUUUAUAUUUGACAGAAAGAUACACAAAUAAGGAAACAAAAAGAAUGGUAUGUGAUUGCUUUUUAACAGAGGAAGAAAUUGAAAGAGGAGAACUAGGUUGUGGGGAAGAUUGUCUAAAUAGACUUCUUAUGAUAGAAUGUGGACCUCGAUGUGUAGUAGAUGAUCGUUGUACAAAUAAAAGAUUUCAAAAUUGUACAUAUGCAAAGUGUGAAGUAUUUAGAACAGAAAAGAAAGGAUUUGGUUUAAGAGCUAUGGUUGACUUGUUGGCAGGAGAAUUUAUAAUGGAAUAUGUAGGUGAAGUAGUUGAUCCAAAAGAUUUUCGACGCAGAGCAAAAGAAUAUUCAAAAGAUAAAAAUAAACAUUAUUAUUUUAUGGCAUUAAAAUCUGAUCAAAUUAUUGACGCUACCAUGAAAGGGAAUGUUUCCAGAUUUAUAAAUCAUAGUUGUGAUCCAAAUUCUGAAACACAAAAAUGGACAGUGAAUGGUGAAUUGAGAAUUGGCUUUUUCAAUAAAAAAUUUAUAGCUGCUGGUGAAGAAAUUACAUUUGAUUAUCAUUUUCAACGUUAUGGUAAGGAGGCACAGAAAUGUUUUUGUGAAGCACCCAAUUGUCGUGGUUGGAUUGGAGAAACACCAGAAGAAGAGAAAGAAAAGAUAGAGAAGAAAGAAAAGCGUGAGAAAGAUAUGAAAAAGAAGAAAGGGGAAAAGAAACAAGCUGAUUAUAUGGAAGAUGAAGAUUUGGAGGAUGAAAUAGACAAACUAUGCUCAGGUGGUUUAAAAAAUAGAGCUCAUACAUUAACAUUAAGUAGAUUAAUGGUACGCAGCAGAGAAUUAGAGCACAGAACUCGUCUCUUACGUCUUAUACAAAGCGGAGAACAGCCAUGUCGAAGAUUAUUUUUGGAUUAUCAUGGUUUACGUUUGAUUUGGAGUUACGUUAUGGAUAUUUCUACAAACGAUUCUGACGAAGCACAACAAUUUCGACUAGAAGUUUUGAAAACUUUAAACACACUUCCAAUUCCUAAUAAAACAAUGUUAAUGGAUAGUAAAAUUUAUAAUGUAAUAGAAAAAUGGUCGAGACGAUUAUACUUUUCUCUGAGUGGAGAUUCUCCAGAAGAUGAUCAAGGAAAAACAAAAUCAAAUGGUGACGAAUUACAAAUAAACUAUGACAGUAAUGAAAAAAGAAAUUCUUAUCACUUAUCUGAUGCAGACAAACAAGAAAACAGUAUUGAAAUUACUGAAAUAAAAUCUGACAAUACAGAUCAAAAUCUUAUUCCUGAAUUAGCUCUGAGUCUUUUAGCUGAGUGGUCAAAUUUGAAAGAAGUUUUUCGUAUACCAAAAAAAGAAAGGAUUGAACAAAUGAAAGAACAUGAAAGAGAAGCAGAUCGUGGAUAUAGAGAAGAAUUAGAAAAAGAAGAAAAAAGAGGAACAUCAUAUGAUAGACAUAGAUCUGAUAGAUAUGGAAGAAACGAAGUAGAGAAACGUGUCGGAAGACGAGGACGGGAAUCUCCAGAAUCUGAGCACACUCGAACAAAAGACAAAAGAAUAGAAGAAAGGAGUAGCUUAGUUCCAAUUCCACGAAUGACUAAAUACGAGCGUAGACAAUUAUUCGCUUUAAAAGUAGCUAAAGAAGAAGAAGAACGACAACGUCGUCAACAACAAGAAUCAUGGCAAGAUCAUGAAACUAGAUGUUUAGCAUUAGGUAUAGAUCCUCAUACCACAGCUAUGGUAGAUCCUCAAACAGGAUAUCCUGUUUUUUAUAAUCCAUCAAUUGGACAAUGGCAACAGUAUCCUACACAAGAUGGAGAAAUAAAUCAACAAUGCACUCCAGUGUAUGUAGGUGGACCACAAACAGUACCUGGUCAUACUCAGUCUGGAAUAGUACCGCAAAGUUCACAUGUCUUACCACCAUCAAUUUCUUCUGAAAUAUCACCUGGUAUAUCGAAUAAUAUACCUUCAGGUGUACCUCCUGUAGUAUAUACAUUAAGUCAAACGCCUGUAUUUAAUCAAACCACAACAGCUUAUUCACUAUUAUCCCAUUGUCAUCAACAAUAUCCUGAAGGCCAAUUGCCACUUUCGAAUAAUUUAGUUCUUAGUGGAACAUCAGUUACAAUUCAAACUGAAUCUCGUUAUGAACAUAUUGAAAAGCAGUCAGAUCAACAAUUUCCUACAACAUUUAGGCAGGCACAGCUUGAAAUACCUCCUAUAGAUUUACCACCUAAAUGGAAAAGUGCUAUUGAUGCUAGAGGUAGAACAUAUUAUUAUCACGUAAAGGAACGAAUAUCGCAGUGGUUACCUCCUCCGCCAGAUCAUAUUGGUGUUCAACCAGAUUCAUCAUCAACUUCGGAAUCUAGCGAAGAAUCUAGUUCAUCAAAUGAAGAUGAUGAAGAAAUUGACGAAGACAAUAACGAAGAUUCGAAAAAUGAGGAGUUAAACUUAAAUAAUACAUUAAUAGAAAAAUCAUUAAAUGGUUCUAAGCAUAAUGUUGCUAAAAAAAGUACCGUACAUAAUGUAACUGCGAAUUUAGGAUUUUUUCCGGAAGGCAAGAAAAGGAGGGAGGGUUUGGUUCAAGAAAGAAUUAUUAGUCCACGUCGUGAAGAAGAUCGUAUAGACCAUAAAACGCACAAAGGAAUAAAGGAAAAGUUACGGCGACAAAAAGAAAGAGCCAAAUUUAAAGAACACGUUGACAAGAUACGAAGACACCGACGUAGUAAUAAAUCUAAAUCGCAUUCACGUCAUAGCAUAAAUAAAUUACAAUUACCUUCAUCCGAUUUAUCUACAAUGUCAGAAAGAAAAAUUAAAGAUACCUUUAGAAUAAAUAUGGCAAAUGUCAUGGUACAUUUUUUGAAUCCAUAUAGAAAAAAUGAUUGUAAACAAGGUAGAAUAACAAAUACGGAAGAUUUUAAACAUCUUGCGAGAAAGCUUACACAUUUUGUACUUGCAAAAGAAUUAAAACACUGUAAAAGCGUUGAUGAAUUACAAUGUAAUGAAAAUGUUAAACACAAAGCUAAAGAUUUUGUACGUAAGUAUAUGAGCAAGUUUGGUGCAGUUUAUCAGAAAAGUACUGAUGAAGAUUAA